AUGGUGACUAUUCAUGAUGGAGGAUCGAGCUCUAGUAUGGGCGAUGGUGGCCUAGGAGGUCCAAGCUUGAGUAAGAGGGAUGUAUGUAACAUCAUCGCUACUGCGGUUUCGAGGAUCAUGUUAGAGGAUUUGCCUAACAUAGUAUGGGAUGAGUUGAUUUCAGUGAUGUAUGAGCGGAUUAGGACUCUUCUGGCUAAUUUGGAGGUCAGUCAACUCAGGACUCGUGAGGUCACCAUCAAGGAGUUUUAUGCUUAUAGGGAUCCAUGUUUCAUCGGGGGGGGGGGGGGGGAGCCUAUCAUCGAUACGUAA